UAGCUGAGUGCCACAACUAGAAAAACAAAACCAAAAGGGAACCAUAGGAUAGAAGCCAGUUACCGCUGUAGCAAUGGCAUGGUCACUCACACUGCCACCGCCUUCUUCCCUUUCUUCUUCUUCUUCUCCUUCUUUUCCCACCUUCCACCACCACCACCACUCUCUCUUUUUCAAUGGAGUAGUAGCGUUCACCAGGCUCCGCCAUCGCCGAAACUCGAACACCCUUUCCCAUGUUCCCUCUGUGGGGAAGGAAGACACUGACCUUCGUGUCUCUUCUCUUCAGGAACAGCAACUAGGCGAAGAUGACGACGGCGAUGAUGAACCAACUCCUCAGGACAUUGAAUACGUUGCCCAAAUCAAAAGGGUUUUGGAGCUUCUCAGGAAAAACCGGGACAUGCUUUUCGGCGAGGUCAAAUUAACCAUAAUGAUUGAAGACCCUAGAGAAGUUGAGAGAAGAAGAUUACUUGGUAUUGAAGAUUUAGAUGGCCCAACAAGAGAAGAUCUAGUUGAUGCCUUGGAUGAAAUCAAUGAAGGAAAAAUUCCCAAGGAUAGAGCUUCUCUCCAGAUGCUUGCUGAGGAAUUGGCUUCAUGGCCUAAUCUAGAGGAUGCCGUGCCUAAGAAAAAGCCCAGCAAAUCUCUCUAUGCAAAAGCCACUGACACUGGAAUUGAUCCAGAAUUGGCUGCAAAGAAACUGAACAUUGAUUGGGAUUCUGCUGCUGAAAUUGAAGAGACAAAUGCAGAUGAUGAGACAGAAGUGCCUUCAGUGGUGUGGUUUAAUGAUUAGCCAGUAUCAGACCCUUGAAGAUUCGAACGUCUAUUGUGACACACAUUGGGCUAUGGAGCACUAUACUUGGUUUCGGCUUUCCCUAUUAUUAUAGGUAUUUCAGUUGUUCUGAUUUUGUUUUACAAUUCCCUCCAGUAGGAAAUUGCAUUCCACUCAAAUUCAGUGUAUAAUGUUACACUAUAUUGAAAUGAGUUAGUAUAUCGCAAUGUUCACCUAACAUCAUCACAAGUUUAUUAUUAGUCUAAUUACGUUACAAAAUUCAUCUUUUUGAGGAAA